AGAUUCUGGAAUGGACAUUUUGAAGGGUAUGCCAUUUAUCCAAAAUCGAAGCGCCUUCCUCCAGUCGAAAACAAAUGAUGGUCGAACGGAUGUGGGAGAUGGAGGAGAUAAAUACUAUCCUGGAACGUCUCGUGGGGAACCGUCUUCUAGUGGAUUAAGUGGACUACGAAUGCCUGGAAAUGUAACACCGCCUAUCGGUGCGGUAGCCGAAGAUCCUCUUGCUGGCGCUUUAUUGGGACUAGCUGACGUUACGACAAAGCUUGCAAUCGCCCAUCCAUGUAUGGUACUACGCCGACAAUGUCAAGUGCAUCAGAACGCUCGAUCUUUACAUUUGACUCCGUUUACACUUGUGCCUGUCGUUUGCAAUAUGGUAUCAAACGAAGGCGUUUUAACUUUUUGGAAAGGAUCGAUAGGAUCGUGUGUGCUUUGGGGUCUUUCAAAUGUUACAGAAAUUGUACUCGCCGACUUGCUUGGCUUACCAAGGCACAUCGUAGCGAAUGGAAGCAGCGAAAAAUAUUGGAAGCAUAUUAUCCUGAAAGCCGUCACUGCUUUCACUAUGACACCUUUCUACAUUUCGACUUUCACUGAAACAGUGCGGAGUGAGGCAGGGUUAGGUGGUGAAGGACCAAACGUUACGGAUAUAUUGCUGAAAGGUAUCGAUAGACUGAGGUACCCAAUAUUCGGCUCUAGAGACGCCUCUCGUAGAUUUUCGGUCUUACAUUUGGCUAUGCCAACUGUGGCUUACAGAACUACGCACUACAUAAUUCAGAAUAAACUAUAUAAUCAGUUCUUUAGAAUGGCAAGGAAGUAUGUGAAUAAGAAACCUGAGUCGGAGAGAACAAAGUUUCAUCAGUAUGUUCCACAAAUUUUUGCUCAAAUGUCAUCUACUAUUCUGACUGAUUUAAUUUUAUUUCCUAUCGAAACAGUUAUGCAUAGAAUGUACAUCCAAGGUACGCGAACGCUGAUUGACAAUCUUGAUACGGGACUUUCUGCAAUUUCCAUCACCGUAAAAUAUGAGGGCUUUGUUGACUGUUUCCGAUCGAUUCUUCGUCAUGAAGGAUUUUGGGCUCUUUACAGCGGCGUAGGCGCUUUGGCUCUAGAAUAUAUGUUGCAUUCAUUGCUUCACCAAGCUGUAAGAGCAUGCUUUGAUAGAGGCUCAGAGGUUCUUCGUAGAGCUACGGAAAGCAGUGCGAAUGUAACACCAGUACCAUCUGCUUACGGAGGACCACUCUCAGGACCGUUAUCUGGACCAUUCGCACAACCGGUUUCACCACCUGUCAUUAGUCCAAGGAAGCAGCGUUCAUCGUACACGCCUCCUCUUCGUGAUCCUACGCAAUUUCCCACGUUUGGUGAAUCUGUGUCACAACUCGAGCCAGCAUACGUUGCCGCACCAACACCGCCAUUUCCGUUCCAGUCCGGACGACCGAAUGUUUUCGGUAGUCCACCGAGGACCAUGGAUCAUCUUUCAUCAUCGUCAAGCUUUCUACCUCCGCUUUCACUUGCUACGGACAGGCCUGAUGAUCCUUUUAGCGGUUAGAUUGUCCUUACUAGUCAGUAGUUACAUAAGUCGCAUAGAAUCUAUAGGGAUUCCCAUCUGUAAUCUCUGCUUUGCUGCAGAUUGUGAUGUGAUAGUAGACAUUAGUAAUUUUCUGUUUUUCUUUGCCAUAUUUGAACAUAGUACUGGUAGUUCGCAUUUAUUCGAGCAACUCAAAGCUCAAGUAGGCGUCGUUAUUCUUUUCACGACCUUCUAGAUGAAAACUGCGGAAAUCGUUUAUAUGACAUUUCAGUACCACGUAUCACACAGAUAGGCCUGAUUCCGAGCAAUAGUUUCGUAUAAUCUGUACAAGAACACUAUUUUCGUGGAGGAAAACUUUGAGGUUGCCCACUUGGAGAGUUCGACAGGAUGAUCAAGGCGCUUCUUGUGAUAUUCUCUUAUUUUCGUGAGCGCAUAUUAGGUCUGGCUGAUUAAUUUUAGAUGGCCGCGAUUGAUUGGAACUUCAUCUGUAUUAUGAGUAAGAAUAAAGAUUUCAUGUUUAUUC